UCCGGUGACGCCAUGUUUUGGGAAAGUCGCAGGGAGUGUUAGCUCCCUCAAAAUUCGGUGUGGCUUGGCUGUUUGCGAGAUUAUAAUAAUAUUCUGACGAUAAAUGGGAUAAGUUUAGUCCUAGGGGAAGACAUGAGCACGUUCAGAGAUACAAGAAACGCAGGGAAGCAGCAAAAAUCCCAAGAAGAGGCAAAAGGGAAAAAAGGGCCGCUGUUUAACGUUGCCCCAGGCGAAGCUAGCGGAGAAGAAGGAGCAAUGAACAUGGCGGAGAUACUUCGAGAACUGAAAGAAUUAAGGAAAGAAAAUCAGGAGUCGUUUUCCGACACCAAAGCCUCGCUGUCUAGACUGGAAACGUCGGUAACGGAUUUAAAACAACGGAUGGAGAAACUCGAACAGGAGGGUUGAAGAGACGGAGACCAGAGUCGGCGCAGCUGAAGACACCAGUCAACGACAUGAGCGGGUGCUCCGGCACCUGGUGAGACGCGAGGCGGCCCUCACGGACCUAUGUGAUGACCUGCAGAACCGAAUGCGCCGCAACAAUCUGAGAAUCUAUCAAGUCCCUGAAGAAAGUGAGAAAGGAGAUAUGGCUGGAUUUGUUAAACAACUUAUUAAAGCCACGCUGCAGCUGCCGCCUGAAAUUAACGUACACAUUGAGAGGGCGCACAGAUCUUUGGGGCUAAAACCAGACAACACCGCACCUCCGCGCUCCAUCAUUGUGAGAUUUCUGGACUACACAGUGAAAGAAGCGGUGCUACGACAAGCCUGGACGCAGAAACAAGUCCAGUUUCAGGGAAAACUCAUAUACUUCGACCAAGAUUACUCUCCGGAGGUACAGAGGAAAAGAGUGCGGGUACGUGGAGUUAUAAAGCAGCUGAAGGAGAAGGGGAUUCGGGCCGGAUGUCGCUUCCCUGCGCAGCUGAGAGUCACCUUGAAGACGGGAGUGAAAACUUUUCCAACGCUGGUCGAGGCUCUGCCGACUCUUGGGGAGUUGGGCAUCGUGGUGCAGAGCUGUCCCACUGGCCUUCACCUAAGGGACGUAUUUACACACUGGAGGCCACAGCUUACGCUCUUCUGGCUCUGGUCAAGGUCGGGGCCUUCGAAGAAGCCCGACCUAUUGUGAGAUGGUUCAACCAACAGCAGAAGGUGGGCGGAGGAUUUGGAUCAACUCAGGCUACCAUCAUAGUGUACCAGGCUGUAGCAGAGUACUGGGCCAGUGCUAAAGAACUAGAGUACGAUCUGAAUGUGGAUAUCUUGUUGCCGGGCAGGUCAAAGCCUGAAAAGUUUAUCUUCAACCAGGAAAACAGCGAUACCACAAGAACAUUUAAAAUCAAUGUUAUAAACCAGGAUGUGAAAGUGACUGCCACAGGAUCAGGAGAAGCAACAGUGACAAUGGUGUCGCUGUAUUAUGCUCUACCUAAAGAGAAGGAGAGUGACUGUCAGAAGUUCAACAUGUCAGUGCAGCUCAUUCCAGAUAUAAGGACAGGGAGCAAGAUGCAAGCAUGUCAAUCUUGGAUAUCGGUUUGCUGACUGGCUUUACCAUCAACACUAAUGACUUGGACUUAUUGUCUAAAGGACUUGACCGCACUAUUUCAAAAUAUGAGAUGAACACUGCCCUGUCAGAAAGAGGCUCACUGAUCAUCUACCUGGACAAGGUUUCUCACACACGACCAGAGGAGAUCACAUUUAGGAUUCACCAGACGAUGAAAGUGGGCGUCUUACAGCCAGCCACUGUUUCUGUCUAUGAAUAUUAUGACC